CAUAAUCACAUUCUUUACUCUUUUUUUUUUUUCUGGAUGCAGAGUGAGCAUGAAGUAAUAGUCAUGGUAUUUGGAAUGACAAUGACUCGUAACGGAAUGAACAAAGUUGAGAUUGCACAUUGCUUGUCUAAUUCAAGUUUCUGUCCAUUGAAUAAAACAAACAAAAUAGAAAAAGGCCUCAUAUAUACCACUAUACUUAUCCAUACGAUUACUUUUUAUUUUUCAUCUCAUUGAUGACUUUGCAUUGAUUUAAAUGAAUUAGAUCCAUAUCUUGCCUUUUUCAUCCAGGGACGCCGGAAGUUUACGCGAGUCGCCAUCAAAGGUGGUGUGAAACCCUUAUGGAAUCAAGCGGUAGAGAAACAAAACAUCCAUACCGUUCAUCUCAGUUUGCAGAUGUUGUUCCAACAUUUCCAUCUUAUCAUCUACUCGCUCACACUUGUAUUACAAUUUUUUUUUCUUUGGAACAGAUAAAUUACAACCGCAUUCAUAAUUCCUCAUCCUGCGAAGAGACCACACUCACAGUUUGCUGCAUCCAUGAGAAGACAGGCGCCAAGUUGGGCUCAAGUGAUGGACUGAUUGGCAGCUGUGAAAUUGAUCUUAAGCAGCUUUUGUUUUCAAAAGAGAGUGGACAGUACGAAGGCUGGUUCCAGUUGAUGUUCGAUGGCAAGCCAGCAGGUCAAGUGCAUCUCCGUUUGCAGUUAUGUGAACCAUCUCCUAGAUUUUUGGGCGCAAGAGUGGGAGUCAUGGGAGAAACGGGAGGAAGAGGAAGGACCCAAAGACCCACCUUUUCGACUGGACCAUAAGAAUCGAAUCGUCAAGGCCAAAUCAUCAAAGAAGGACGACAAAGA